AACUAUUACAGCAUUUAGCAAGGAGAUCCCUUAGCACUUUCUUUGAAUUAUCUACAAUUUUGUCAAGAAUGGAAGUAGCAAGGCGUAACAACGGCUUCCGCAAGGUUGCCAAGUGGAUUGUUGGUGCCGCUGUUGUGGCAGGUGCUGCUAGUGGCAAUGUCCUAUGCGAUGAGGUUUCGGAACCAAAAAACGGCGAAGUUGAUGAAGUGAAGUCUGAGGUUAAUGUUAAUGAAGAAGAUGAGGAGCUAAGAAAAAUUAUUGACGAUCAAUUUCAAGAAGUUAUAGGUAGACUUCCACACGACCCAUCUGCAGUGGCCAUUGUGAACUCAAGGGGCAAAUCCUUUACAAACCAAGACAUUUACGGAUUGAUAGACCACGAUUUGUAUCUCGGAUUAGUAACCAGAACGUUGUCUGAGGAAGAGAAACCAAAAAUUCGUGAAGGUAUAGUAGAGUUAAGAAGAGAGAAGUUGUUGGAUGCCAUAUCCUUUUUUGACCAGUUACUGUCAGAACUACCUGCUGAUCUCGCCCAAGAAGCAUCAAAAUACAGUUACCUUAGUGAAGUACCUGAAGACCUAGCCAACGCUCUUGAGGACUAUGUAAAGGCUCUGAACGAUAGAAUCGAAGAAGAGCUAGACAAAAUACGGGAAGCAGAAAUGGAAAAAAUGUUAAAAGAGCAACAAAAACAAGGCAACUAAGAAAAAAAUUAAUACUAAAAAGGGAAAAAAAUGAAAAUUAAACUUAUGCAACCCAGUGUACAAGGAAUGCAACAUGAUGGCAUCAAAGAACCAUCUAGAACCGAUGGUUCAAUGGGUAAGAAUCCAUCAGAAAACGAAGAUAAAAAACCGAAAUCCAAGCCAUGGUACAAAUUUUGGUAAUUAAUUGAAAUGGUCAUGCCGUUUGGUAAUGGUAACAGUAUUGAAUGAUAGGGUGGAUUCCACAGCUCUCAACGAAGGAAUAAAACAUGUGAUUCACGCCAAU